GUUCACCUGAAACAAGCUUUGGGAGAAGUCAACACAGCAGGUCAAUGCCAGGGUCAAGCUUCACCAGGUGAUGAUCUGUCAGUUGGAUCAUCUGCUGGACAAGGAUCAUCCUCUACACAACAAAACUCCACAGGAAGAAAGCAAGUGAAAAGUCCAGUAUAUAGACUGUUGCCUCAGACCAAGGUAUUGGGGGAGAGGAUGUCUCCAUGUGUCAUUACUUCUGUAUGUCCAACCACUGAUGGUCAAGUGUGGACCAGUUACCUUCACAGUGACAUCUUAACUCUCCUGGACAGGAAGGGCAAAGUAAUACAGGAGGUUACACACAAUACUAGGAUCACAGACAUAAGUCUGUCACCCACAACCAACACACUAUGGGUCUGUGACUUUAACAACAACAUCACAGAGCUCGUGUCAGGACGACUAGUACAGAGAUUCAGUACCACGGAGAACCCACGGUGUAUCUGUAUCACAGCUAGUAACCAUGUCAUUGUGGGGAAGAACAAACAAAUCUCAAAAUUCACCACAGGAGGUACAUUGUUACAUACUACAUCAUCUGCAGGUACAGGGAAACCAUUUGUGUGUACACCAUGCAAGAUCUCGGAGUGUCCUGUCACUCACAAUGUCGCAGUGGCUGAUUUGGGUAAUACACUUCAUGGUGGUGAAGGGAAACCACGUGUUGUUGUCAUAGACACAGAUUUCAAGAAACUAUUUGAAUAUGAUGGUAAAGUCCCACAUACAUAUCAACCAACAUCACAGUCAGGAAGUAAACGAUUUACCCCCUGGGGUGUGGUGUAUGACAGUGUGGGUAACCUAGUCAUAGGGGAUUGUAGCAACAACCGUAUCAUACUCAUCAAUGGGUGUGGUGAGUUCCUCAGGAUCAUACACACAUAUGACUACUUUGCAUUGGCUAUUGGUGUAGACAGGGAGGAUGUCCUGUGGGCAGUGUUGGG